AUGGGAGGGAAUCUCAAUGCCAGAAUCGAGGACUGGGCUAAUCUACAGCAAAACCGCAGGACCAAAGAACUUACGGAAGCAAUAGAAGCCGGAGGUCUCGAACUCAUCAACGAUGUUACUAGACCAACGAGACACUCUCUAACUAGCUGUCAGUUAGACACCAUAAUCGACGUCACCCUGGCCACACCGACAACAGCUCGCAAGAUAAGCUGGGAUAUGACGCAGGACGCUUGGGGCAGCGACCACUUUCCCAUCAUUAUGGACGUCGCCAUUGGAGGAAAUAAUCUUAAGCAAAAAAGGCCAACGAGAACAAUAAUCUGGGACAAAUAUAGGCAAAACCUCAAAGAACAAGGAGAUGUCUUGGAACCAUGUCAAAUCACCGCACUACUCGCAACAGCUACAAAGAUUGCCACAGAAGUAAGGCCAGUCUAUGAAGACACGCCAGAACCAGACUACCAUCUCCUCGCGUUAUGGGACAAAAUGACCAGAGCCUUAGAAAAAUACAGACAAGGGAAACAGAAAAAACACCUAGACAAGGUCAACCGUUUAACGGAAGAAGCAAGCAAAUACGCAAACAAAUUAUCCAUCGACAGAUGGCUAGGGUAUUGCGAGUCCUUCGACGAAAAAACCAACCUUAGAGACGUGUGGAAGACAUUCAACUCCAUGUCAGGAAAAAAGAAAGGAGUCAGCCCUGUCCCGGUCAUCGCACUCCUCUCCAAUGAAAAAACGGAAGAAAUUCUCAACAAAUUGGGAGACAUCUUCUUUCCACAACCCCCAACGAAACCGGAGGCAAUCAUUUACCACCCAACCCAUUCGGGACCUGCAGACAAGCCGGAAGACUUCCCCUUCACAGAGUGGGAACUCGGAGCGGCGAUACAACAGUGCAGAAGCAAGAGUGCACCUGGAGAAGACGGAAUUACAGUGCCCAUGCUCAGAAACGCA